GCGGUGUGUGUGUGUGUGUGUGUCGGGGGGCGGAGGGAGGGAGGAGGCAGUUACCCGGAGGGAAGCCAUGUUCCAGUGCAGGGUGGCGUGGCACAGGUUGACUCCACUCAGCAGAGCCUCGGCCACGCUGGUCCGGAGCCACGCGAAGAGGCGAGGCACUUUGUUCCAGCGAUGGAAGGUUCCCUUAGAACAGCAGAUGAACAGGCAAAUGACUUCCGGAGGUGCACCUGGUGACUCUACCAGUAGCGCUAUUUACAUAGUGCUUCUUGGCUUGUCAAGUUUAGGAGCUGGUGUAUAUGUAUAUAAAGUACUGAAGGAAGAUAAAAAGAGGUACAAUGAAAGAGUGGCACAAAUCACGCAACGAGCACAUAGAACCGGAGCAUUACCAACCAAGAGUGAAGAGGCAUCAGGAGAAGGAGAAGUGAAAACAGUUUCGGAAGAAGAAGUGGCACAGAAAUCUGAAACUAAGCAAGUGUCUGGGAAAGAGACGAGUGAUAAGGAAGAGACCAAAGAAAUUCUACCAGUCAGUGAUCGGCCUGAGGUCCCACCACACGUCCCCUUUCUUUUGAUCGGAGGCGGAACUGCGUCAUUUGCAGCGGCCAGAUCUAUCCGUGCACGAGAUCCUGGAGCCAGGGUCCUGAUUAUUUCUGAUGAACCAGAUUUGCCGUACAUGCGGCCACCGCUUUCAAAAGAGCUGUGGUUUUCUGACGAUGCCACUGUGACAGAAACACUAAAGUUCAAGCAAUGGAAUGGCAAAGAGCGGAGCAUUUUUUUCCAACCACCGUCUUUCUAUAUUCAGCCUCGAGACCUGCCUUAUAUGGAGAAUGGAGGAGUGGCAGUGUUAACUAGCCAUAAGGUGGUUCAGAUGGAUGCCCGAGGGAAUAAAGUAUGGCUGGACAAUGGUGCUGAGAUAACGUAUGAUAAAUGUUUAAUAGCAACAGGUGGAAGCCCACGAAACAUUCCGGCACUUGAAAGAGCGGGAGAGGAUGUGCGAAAGAGAACUACUCUAUUCAGAAGGAUAGAAGAUUUUAGAUCUUUGGAGCAGAUUAUGAAGCAAGUGAAGUCUAUCGUCAUUAUUGGUGGUGGAUUUCUGGGGAGUGAAUUGGCCUGUGCUUUGGGGAAACAUGCACGAAAGAGUGGAGUUGAAGUGAAGCAGAUAUUCCCAGAGAAAGGCAACAUGGGCAAAAUCCUACCAGACUACCUCAGCAACUGGACAACUGAGAAGGUGAGGAAAGAGGGAGUUAAUGUCAUGCCCAAUACAUUUGUGAAAUCCGCAAAAUAUAUUGGAGGGAAGGUUGUCCUGACGCUGAAGGGCGGGCAAACGAUCGAGGCUGAUCACGUUGUUGCAGCAGUUGGUCUUGAGCCUAAUGUGGAGAUGGCCAAGACAGGGGGACUGGAGGUGGACUCGGACUUUGGUGGGUUCAGAGUAAAUGCAGAACUGCAAGCCCGCUCCAAUAUUUGGGUGGCUGGGGAUGCUGCUUGUUUCUAUGACAUUAAAUUGGGCAGGAGACGUGUGGAGCAUCAUGACCAUGCUGUUGUGAGUGGCAGACUCGCUGGUGAGAACAUGACUGGAGCUGCAAAGCCUUAUUGGCAUCAAUCCAUGUUUUGGAGUGAUUUGGGCCCUGAUGUAGGAUAUGAAGCCAUUGGCAUUGUGGAUAGUAAUUUACCUACUGUCGCAGUGUUCGCUAAAGCAACUGUUAAAGAUACCCCCAAAGCUGCAACAGAGGAAUCAGGUACUGGAAUCCGAUCGGAAAGUGAGACUGAGGCAGUAGCUACCACUGUGAGUGUACCUGCUGGAGCUGUUUCUAUAGCCCUACCACCUGAGGAAGGAGAGGAGUAUGGCAAAGGCGUCAUAUUCUACCUGAGAGAGAAAGUUGUCGUGGGAAUUCUGUUGUGGAAUAUAUUUAACAGGAUGCCUGUUGCCAGAAAGGUGAUCAAGGAUGGCGAAAAACACGAUGACCUCAAUGAAGUUGCAAAAUUGUUCAACAUUCAUGAAGAUUAAAGCAUCAGAGUUUAAUUGUGUAUAUAAGAUUCUAGAGUUUUUUUAAAUGUAAACACUGGUGAAAAUGUAACCGCAGCAAAUCAAGAGCUUGAAUUCUCAGAGAAUUAAAAUAAUAUUUUGUGAACCUUCCUAUUAUUGGAGAUUUGACUUAAAAAAAAAACACAUUUCUACCAUGAGCACACAAUGAGAAGGAUUUUCUGAACUAAAUAUCAAAAUAAAUGUAAAAAUGGCAUUUAAAACA